GUCUGUGGCCAGUCAACUGAUCCGCGGAGAGUCCGUGACUGCUGAGGCUUUCGAUAACGUCACUAUAUACUUUAGCGAUAUUGUGGGUUUUACAGUUCUUUCUGCCGACAGCACUCCAAUGCAGGUUGUAGACCUUCUGAACGAUUUGUACACUUGUUUUGAUUCCAUAAUUGAGAACUUCGACGUAUAUAAGGUUGAAACAAUAGGAGAUGCCUACAUGGUUGUAUCAGGGUUGCCUGUUCGGAAUGGAAACUUCCACGCACGUGAAAUAGCCCGGAUGUCCAUAGCCCUGCUAAAUGCUGUGACAUCAUUCAGCAUACGUCAUAGAACAAAUGAACAACUAAAGCUAAGGAUAGGAAUCCACACAGGUCCUUGUGCUGCAGGUGUAGUUGGACUUAAAAUGCCAAGAUAUUGUCUCUUUGGAGACACCGUAAAUACCGCUUCCAGAAUGGAGUCCACUGGACUACUUAUGAAACUGUUUGUGAGAACAAGGCUGUAUGUUCAUAACGAACGAUAAAAAAAAGUGAAAUAUUUGCCAGUAAGAAAAAAACAGUAAAAAUACUCUACGUUUUACAUUCGUGAACAUGGUUUGACUUGGAAAAGGACCACUCACGUGUGCAAUAACCUACGGACAAUCGUAACGAGCAUGCAGUAGCUCCA